GCAUGCGCUUCAAAAACUGUGUGUGUUCACGAAGGUGGACUAUGCCUUAAACCUUGGAAAUGUCUGUCUUGCGUAGGGCUAAAACAUGGGAAAUAUCUGAGUCUGAAGAGGAAACCGACACCGACACAAAGUCCGAUUUAAACCAUGAUGAAAGCAGUGAAAGAGCGACAACAGUCAGCACGGGCUUGAAAGAGGGUCCGAGUUCACACCACAAACGUAAAACCUCGUCGGCAACAAGAAGUGAGUCUAGUCACACUUCUGCUUUGCCUCCUCCGCGCCCAGAAGGCUCCGGCACACCAAGUCCUGCGAGAAAACGCCGCACCAAGGAAGAGAUAGAGGCGGACAGAGAGAAAGCCAGGGAGAGGAAGGAGGAGAGAGAGAGGCAGAGAGUAGCCAGAGCCCAGGAGAAGGAGGAGAGGAGACAGGAGCAGCAGAGGAGGAGAGAAGCCGCGGAGAACCUCAAGAGUCUCAGGCCGGAGAACUGCCUCAAGUGUCUGACUGUUUGCAUUGAUCCAGCUCUUCUGCAACAGGAUGGCUCAGACAUCUUGCUGGAUACUCUGGCUGCCUUUGAGUGGAGGUUCAGCAUUGAGAGCCAGCAGCUUCCUCACUGCAUCACCUGGACCAGAGAUUUACCCCAGCAGGGAGACGACGGCAUGGGCUCAGUGGAGGAGGAGCAAGUGGUGCUGGUGCUGGGUCUGACUGACUUCAUGGACAUGGUGAUUUCUGUGAAGACAAUGCUAGACAGUGAAGGGGAGGAGACAGGGGUGGGGUCUUUUCUCAGUCCUCUUUUGGAGUGUCUCAACCGUGAUGCCAGGAAGGUUGUCACUCUCUUAGUGACAGACUCUCAGCCAGAUUACAGGACAAAUGCUUGUGAUGUGCAAUCUGAAUUAGGAAUGGAGAAUCUUGAUAUUGAAGAGGUCCUUGUUUACCUACAGCUCUGCAAGAAUAUCUCACUGGUCUUCCUGGAUGGCUGGCAGGAGGUCACCAACCACGUGUGUGCUGUCACUAAGGCCUUAUCAAAACGCCCUUUCAAACUCCUGACAGAGCGAGCAGAGCUGCCCUUCUGUGUGGACGGUUCGUGGGCCAGCGGGGUUCGGGUAGAGAGGGAUGGCUCGGAGCUGAUCCAGGUCUGGAGCAAACAGAUCCAACAGCUGAACAGAGUUAGCCCUGCUGUGGCCUCCACUGUGACCGCAGCCUAUCCCUCUCCUCAGCUGCUGCUGCAGGCGUACCAGAGCUUGGGGUCCGAAGAGGAGAGGAAGGGGCUGCUGGCUGGUCUCAUAGUGAAAAGCGGAGGUAAAGAGAGACGUAUAGGACCAGAGAUAUCAGCCAGAGUUUACCGCUGCUUCACAGCCCAGAACCCCCAGCUGGUCCUGGACUAAUUUGUCCACUUGAGAA